UGACAGCGACUGUAAUAGUAAUGGUGUUCUUGACCUACAUUGAGGAAGAACAUAUUUGAGUUCACUGUUGAUUAUUUAACACUGGUGAAUUUUAUUUAUUUGUUUUACUGACACGUCAGUAUACUGAAUGUCUCAAGGACUGGCGUUCAGUACAAAGGUGAAUUAUAUUUCUAAUAUUUCUAAAGGUGGAUAUUCAUUGUGCUAGUGUUUACGCUUCAUUACGAUCAGCGAGUUGCUACUAGACACAACAUAACCUCAGCAGUUAGGGUACCGCAUUUUGAAAAAUAACAAAAUAUAUUUUGUAUUUUAACUGCUAGCAAAACGACCGAAACGAAAGAGAUGGAUUCGUCAGUCACAAAUUGCGAGGCUGAAUUCUGUGACAGUGUCCAUAGUCUGGAACUUCACGCUGAUCAAGACGAGUUUCACAGUACGGUUUCCAGAUUAUAUCUAAACUUGAAGGACAUUGAUAAUGGUCAAACGUCAUUAAACGAGUCAGACGUCUCUUUAAUAAAACCAGAAACAGAAAAAAACGUCGUGAUAAACCAGAAUGUUGAAAAUAAAGACAAACAAGACGGCCACCUGUGGAGAAACCUGAUCAUUAGUUUUGGUCUGCUGAAUCUCAUCUGGAUCUCGGCCAUAGUCGUUCUCCACGUGGAAAUCAUUCCACCGACCGGCGUCCGAACGCGUCACGUGUUCACGGAAGUUCACGACGACUUCUGCGUCCCGUGCGAUGCUGUGUAUCUUACAGAGGACGACGUCCACGACAACAUUCACCGCUUUAAGAAACGCGACGACGACUGCUGUGUUGGAAAGGAGUCUACGCUGACUGACAUCGUAACCAAGUUUGCAGAUAAACAGUAUUGUCAACAGAGAGCAAGAGGUUUUGACAGCGGCCGGCCGGAUGGGACACACACGGAGUUGAAUGAUCGAUCAGCUGAACUGAGACAAAUCGACGUGCAUCAGUGCGUAAGCUAAGAUGGAAGACGGCAUCGUCGUCCAUUGGACGGAACAUAACGUACCUCCAAGAUGGUGGCCUGCAGGUGAAUGUUGCUGGGUUGUAUCACAUCUACUCACGGCUGGUGUUUGUGGAUGACGGGAAGGACACAGCUGACAGAACGUUCUCUCAAUCCAUCUGGCUGCGCAGCCCGGGCAAGGAAGACGAGAAACUAUUGAAUACAAUGGACUCUGCUUGCGGCGAGUGUAAGAUGACGCCAUCAGCUAAUGGCGUCAUUCCAAGCUUCCAAAGCGGAACGUUUGUGCUGGAAGUAGGUGAUAUUGUCGGGGUGCGCAUGAGUGAUGUGGCACAUCUUCAGAACGAUAAUUAUUUUGGACUUUAUUAUGUGAUGUAGGGAAGAUACCAGUAACUGGGGGAGGGAGGCAAACUGGAGAGUCCCAUUAUAAAAUGUGAGGUCAUAUAUAUAAUAUCUGAAAACCCGAAACCGAAAUUUCCUUAAAACUAAACGUCUCUGACGCCAUAUAACGGUAAAUAAAAUGUGUUGAGUGCGUCGUUGAAUAAAACAUUUCUUUCCUUUCCUUUCUUUCAUAGUCCCUUUUUAAAUAUCAGUAGAGAACAAAACCUCUUUAAACCGAAUACCCCUUACAAUAGAGCUUUUUACUUGGUCGUGGAAUUACACAUACACACACAUAAGCGCGCGCGCGUACUCGCGCACAAAAACUUGUUAUGUGGGAUUGAACGGCAGUGAUGUGGGAUUGAACGCCAUUGUCAUUACUAAUAUAUGUAUCUGCGGCUGUGACUCAUCAAUCAGAGUUGGCGGUGAAAUUUUGAAACUUGCUUUAUUCUACCUGUCUUUGACAAGGGCAAAACCAAGCAAGGGAACCUGCCCCCCCCCCCCCCCUUUUAAAAAGAAAAAUUAAAGUACCUCUUUUCUGUACACUUUUCCACAAUUUUCAACAGUGCCGUUUUUAGGAAGUUGGCGUGUGUGUUCUUUUUGCACUAGGUCUCCUCUGAUAUAUUGUCUUGGUCCACCCUUGUUUAAGUCUAAUGCAUCAGAAAUAAUAACAUUUCGCCAAUUCUGCUCCAAGUGGUUUGAAACUGAAUUAAGUUUUGAAAAUUAACAAAAUUGCCGCGUCAACUUUGAAAAAUUAUAUGUCUACAUUUUUGUUAAUUUUUCCAACUGUGAUUAAAUCAUACUAAAAAUGUUUAAUUAAAUAACGGAGCCGUUCAUGCCAAGACGUUUCUUAAUUCUUGGUAAUAUUUUACAAUAUUUAUUUUUACACUAGAAUAGUUUGUGUAGACGCCAUUUUAGGUGUCCGCUUAUAUUUUUCAAAUUCUAGCUAGGCUAAAAUGGUGAUAACUUAAGUCUCAAUACACGGAUGUUAUCCACAGUAGAAAUACAUAUAAAAUCGCUAAACUUUAAAUUAUCAAAAUUGCCCAUAUAAUACAAUGGUUUCUUGUUGGCUCCAAAGACAUAUACCAAAUUGGAGAUAUUUUAUGUCUUCAUUAUCACUCCACAGUUAAGGACAUUUACGUCUCAGAUUUGUUUGCUAUUGUAUCGGUAAGUACAGUUGGUGUAGGAACCGAUUCACACCAGUCACCUGUUCUGCUGUACGCUCGUGUCCCAAAACGUUCAGUGCCCAAACUUACAAAAUAGCAUGGGUAACUUCUAAGCAGAGGACUUAUAAAUGGGGUAAAAAAAUCAUUCGAAUGUUUUUGCUAUUACUAGAAGUGAAUAUGUGAAGCACACCUAGUAUCAAAAUUACGAAUUAUUGAGGUUGAAUUCAUUGACCCGUGAAGUGAGACUUAACAUUAUUCUAUUGUGAUGUUAUUUUUACAAUUAUACAUAUAUGUAUAUGUAUAUGUAUACAUAUGUGUAUGUAUAUGUGUGUGUGUGUGUGUGUGUGUGUGU